AUGGUUGUGGAUAAUAGCGAUAGUAGAACAAGUCUUCGAGUGAAUGAAUCAGAGUUACGAGUGCCUUCUGCAGAAUUAUUAGAAAUGGAUAGUAAUAUGUCGAGUUUUUCGGGCUCGUUUGAUAUUGCCAUCGGAGGAGGAGGAAAUAAACAAUAUGAAGACAACUAUGAUGAAAGGUCAACUACUCGUUCACAUAGUAAUAGCACUGCAAAGGAAAAGGCAAUUUCUGUGCUGCAGAAGAAGUUUGACAUUAAAAAUUUAUUUAAUAAUGAAGAGAUGGAAAAGAGAGAUAAAGUGGGUUGGCUAAACUCUAUUCGAUUCAAGACUCUAACAAUAUUACUCUUGCUGUUCUUUGUGACAGUGUUGGCUUGUCUGGUAAUAUUGAUCGUUGCCUUCCAUUUAUCAUAUACGAGGGUUGAGUACAAUUCGGUGGUGGAAGCAAGUGUUAGAGUAUCUCGAGGAAUACACGAAUAUUAUAGUGGUCUGUAUGUUAAACUUUUGGAAUAUGCACCAUGGGAUUCAACUUUGAAUCUGUUUGUGAAUGUGACCUAUGAGGAUGGUACCACAAUUGAGCCAAGUCCUGAACUGGUUGACCAAUAUUUUACAAACAACAUUUUUUGUUCAUAUAUGAGCAAUGUUAACUUGUCACUUGUUGCUCUGUAUUAUUUGAACGGAACUAAAUUAAGGAGUAUGGCUUGCUUUAACUCAACAUUGGAGGAGAGUUUACCUGAAGAAUUGGAAAAUCUUUCGCCAGAUCAUUAUCUCAUUAAGGAUAUGUCAGUAACAUCAACUAGGAGAGCUACCUAUAUGAAGCCAUCAUCAAACAAUGUAAAUCACUCUAAUGACAUGUUAAUGCUCGUGGCAAUGCCGGUACUGAGCUCGGAUUAUUCAUCAGAAUCUGGAGGUGUUAUGGUAUUCGGAAGAUACCAGAACGCUGAUGCUAUUCAUGCAUUAACUACCAAGACUCAACUUUGUAUAUCAUUUUAUAAUUACAAUUCUUCGAGCGAUCAGCUUGUUGUUGAAAAAUCAACAUCAACAAGUGCUAAACAAUUCGAUUCUGUUGUUUCUUCAAGUGAAGCAUUGCAGGUAGAUGUAGAAGAUGACAGCUGGGUGUUACAAUCAGCAAUAUAUGUUUCUACAUUUGAUUCUGCAGAUGCUGUGGCGACUACAAAUAGGUAUUGUUAUUCUACCAAGACUAAAAAUUCUGGAAUGACUCCAGAAGCCAUUGAUGGUGAAAGAAUGUCUGCUUAUCAAAUCAUGUCUGAUAUUAAUGGAGAAAAGACAAUUCUCGUUAGAACAGACAUGUCUAGAAAAAUUUACACUAAUGGAAUCAAUUCUUUCCUUAUUACUUGGGGAGUAAUGACAGUCAUGUUAAUUAUCCUUUCUGUAGCUGUAAUGGCCUUUAUUGAGCUAGUGGUGCUGAGAAGAAUGGUGAGAUUAACUAAUUCAGUCGUUAAAAUUACAAACAAUUGGGAAACUGUUGUGAUGAACGGCUCUAGAAUUCCCAAAUAUACCCAAGACGAAAUUGGUAGAUUGGCAAACCGCGUUAAUUUAAUGCUUGGAGUUUUGGAAAAGUCCUAUCAACACUUACAAAAGGAUCACGAAAAUGCUCAAUCUCUAUUAGAUCGAACCUCUCUUGAGGAACAAAAAUAUAGACAAGUGUUGAAUGCUAUAUCAGAUUUCAUUAUUACCAUUGAUUCUAAAGAUGGUAAAAUAUUGAAUUAUAACACAUCAUUCCAGGCUAAAAUCAUGACCAGAGUGGUAAAUGAGGCCACAGAGAAGAAGGUCACCAACAAGGCAAUUAAUGAAUACUUUGACUCCAAGCCAACCAUGCAAGAGUUGCUUGGUAGGAUGGAGGACAUUUGUUCUGGCACAGCCAAGAUUUGGGAAACUAAUUUUGUUUCAAGAUACAAUGCUCUCAUACCCAUUCAUGUAAAUUGUAGUAAGGUGAAGAUUGUCAUUGAUGGAGGAGAAAUUGUGGAUGCAUUUGUUCUGUUGGCAAGAAAUAUGGCCGACCAGUACGAACUUCAAAAGACAAUCAAGACUCAACAAGAACAAUUCUCAGAGCAAAGAAUGAAUUUCGAGUUUGACUAUUAUUGGAAGAAUAAGGAAAUGAAAGAAAAGUUGAGAAUAUUCUGUAUUAAUGAGAAAUCAUACGAAAAUUGCCUAUUCCUUGAAGAAGUUGAAGCAUAUAGAAAGAUUAAACGUACACAUAACCGUGUCAAGAAGCAACAGGAAAUAAUUGCCAAAUUCCUGACAAAGGAUGCCAAAUAUGAGCUCAAUAUUUCUAAAGAGGAAGAGUUUACAAUCGUUUCUAAAAUAAGGGAUGGAUAUGGGCAGAUAGAUUUGUUGGAUAAACUGUUUUCCAUUGUACGGGGAAUGUUUUAUAGAGAUACAUUCCAAAGAUUCCUCAAAGAAUUGGAUCAAGAGAAUGAGUCCACUACUUCAUCUAGUGGAUUGGACGUAGACGAAACAUCAGAUACAAUCUCAUCUUCCACAUCCUUCACUGAUUUCACUGGUCCUACAGAUAAAUAG